UCAACGACGGUUAUAAAAUAGCUCUAAGAAGGAAGUUUAAUUCAGAUUUUCUAAAGCGAUAUAAAUAAAAUGUUAAACUUGUGUGCUCCGAGUUUUUCGCGUUUGGUCUGAUGAAAGCAAAAUUAUUUUCUCUCUUUUAGUCCAUUUUUUAUCCUUUUAUUGUUAAUAUUAUUUGAAGAAGAGUCUGAAAUAAAACAAUUGUUGUUGAUCUAUCAGUAAGAUUGCGAAGUAUUGUGGAUGAAAUUAAAGUUUUGAAAUAAUUUUAAUAGGUGGCAGAUCAAGCUCAAAAGUAUGGAAAUAAAUUAAUAUGUCUCCUCUUCGAUGAUGUAGCUUGAGGCAUUUUGAAUUCACUAAUUAUUAUUAUUUUUCAAUUUUAAUCCAAAUAUUUCUCUAAGAAUUUAGAAUAUAAUACAUUAUUUGAAUGGUCCUAGUCACGUAAAAAUAAGCAAAAAACUAAUCAAAAUUUAUUUGGUGCUAUUUAGAUCUGCCCCUUACUAAUGCGUUUUAAUCCUUAAUGCAAACUAGCACACCGAAUGUUUUGCUGCAGCCUACAACCAUACAAAACAUCAACCAUACAAAAUAUUAAAAGCUUCCCGAAAUAAAAGUCAUUAACCUGAAUCUUAAAACUAGAAGUAGCUUAUUUUGUAUUUUAUUAACGGCAAUACUGUACAAUAAAACUAUAUGAUCAAUAAUAAGUAUUGAGCAAAUGAAAUGUAAGGGAUAAAAAUGUCACGGAAUCGUUUCUAGUAGCAACAAAAUCAAUUCCAUAAAAAGCAAUUUCCGUUGUUUUGCAUAAUUUAUCUUGCUUUGACAACUACCAAACAAUAACGAUUUGAUAAAAAAUCUUAGAUUCUUUGUCUUUCUCCGUUGCUGACGGUUAUAAAGUUCUUGAUGAUGUGAUUAUUCAGUAAAAGUAAGCUUUAAAAUGCUUAUAAAAAUUUGAAAAAGUGUAGGAAAUUUAUUGAUUCUGAUACAUGAUUGAUAUAUUCCUGAAAUUCAGUUCUGAUGUUGUGGUUCAUUCAACGAGGGUUUUGAAGACUAUGAAGAUUUUGAUUGCUUUUCUUUUCUUCCUUUUAAUCAGUGUUUCGGCCUAUGAUUAUCAGACAUGCUUUAAUAGAACGGAUUGUGAAACUAAUGAAUGUUGUAUUGUAAUGCUUGGCUCAGAACAAGGAGCAUGUUAUCACCUUGGAAAAAAAGGUGAAUAUUGCAUGACACGUGAAGCAAAAAAUCAAGAUGUUUAUAAUUACUUUUGUCCAUGUGCUGGAAACAUUAUAUGCGGAGAAUAUAUAACCGGUUCACUCGGGAAGUGUGGAUGAAGUAAAGAAGAAAGGAAUGGAGAUACUCCAGAAAAAGAUCAAGAUCAAGAGAGAAGCUAUUAGUAAUAAAUGAAAGCUGUAAGAAAUAAUUGAAGAAAAAUUGAAAAAGUGACAGGAACAAAAUUAUAG